AUUGUUUCGAGACUUCAAACGGAUUGACACAAUGCGAUACGUGAGACCAAUCAUUAUGAACAGCACUGGCGGAACACGAAUUAACGUCUCAUUGUCGCUUCUGAAAAUAAAUGAUAUGGUUGAUCGAGACGAGAAACUGACAACAACAGUUCAACUUAAAGUUGAAUGGUCUGACUACCGGUUACGUUGGAACAAGACAAAAUACGGAGACUUACAGGCCAUGCAUCUACCUGCUGAAAUGUUGUGGAUGCCUGAACUUGAACUCAUGAAUGGGUUUGGUUAUACCCAUAUUGACAUCUCCAAGCAGAUGGUCCGAGUGUUCUACAAUGGUACUGUCUCCAUCAAGCGUGUGAUGCACCUGGAGACAAGCUGCACCCUUGACGUCACAUUCUACCCGUAUGACUUCCAGACGUGCAACAUUACAAUCGGCAGUUGGAACUGGAACGUUAACGAGCUAUUAUUCUCAAAUAACGGAAUGUCUGUUGAUGAAUAUGAGUUGAGUAUGUUGUGGAUUCUCGUAGGCACAUGGAACCAAUCAAUGAUUCGUUUGAUCAUGAAUGAAACGGAAAGUGACGGUUUCAGUUGUAUCGUAUUUACGUUGUAUUUGGAGCGUGAGGAUUUGUUUUAUAGCGUUCACUUGAUAUGGCCGACUAUUGUGAUCGCUCUAAUGACUUGUCUUGCAUUCUUUCUACCAGGAGCAGCUGGUGAAACUAUAGGACUCGCAGUGUCUUUGUUGUUAACGUUCACAGUGUACUUGCUGUUCACUGCAGACAAGAUGCCCGAGAACUCCCGCAGCAUGCCUUUAUUGGGUAUCAUCCUCAUGAUUCUGCUCAUGUUCUCAGCGUCAUCUAUAUUAUUUAAUGUAAUACUACUUGUGUGGCAUCAUCUUGGGGAUGAAAAAGAAAUGAACAUAUGUCUCAGAAAAUGUGUUUUCGAUUGUAUCGGGCGUGUCACCUGUAAGUAUCUCCUCGAUGAAGAGCCCACCAGGGAGAUCAGCAGGGUUAAUCCAGAAAUAACUGGUAAAAACCAGUUUACUCCAGGAACACUAACGACAAACCUGACCUAUGACGCAAACACCA